AUGUGCAGUGAGAAGUCCAGGAUCCCUGUUUUCCGUUUCCGAGAACCCAAAGUGAUCAAUGUUCCUGAAGAGCGACAACCAUUGCUUCCUUCAAAAAGGUAUCUCAACAGCAGUGCCAACGUAGAACCCUGCAGAGAUCGUGCUUUUGUGUUUGGGGCAAAGGCUCCGGAAAAUAUUGCCUUCAAAGAGGCAACUCACUGGGUCACGAAGAUAGUGCCGCCACCCCCCAAGAAAGCAACUGUACAAUGCCCAGUGAGCAGGCACAAGCGGGAAGCAGAGCUCAGGAACAAGAACAAGAUCUUGGAGGCUGCCCGAACAGAAAUGAUGGUCAAGUUAGAGAGAACACAGGGUACUGUAAAGGAGCUGAAGGAGCAGUGUGAGCAUCUACAAAAGGAAAACGAGGAGCUGAAGCAGUUCCAGAAAAGCUGCAUGUUGGUCCUGGAAACUUGCAACUGUCUCUCAGAUGCAGGUAUCACAACUUUGGAAAAGGAGGAGAGGAAGAAAGAACAGGAUGAGAUGAUGGUUUUGACUGAGAAGCUUAAUGCGGACCUGGAGCUGUUCUGCAGAAUGGCUAAAGAGCAGAAAGAUCAUCUCCAAACUGCAAAGAUGGCUUGGAAGCAGGUGGAGGAGGAGCGAAUCCACUUCAGAGAGAAGCAGCAGUGUUUUAGAAGAGAAAUGGAAGAGUUUGCUGCUAUCUUGGAUCAAGAAGAUGAAUUUGUGACAGCAGAAGUGGAAACUCCUGUUCUUUCAGUCUCAAAAUAGGCCUUAGUUGGCUGGGAAUCAAGGACUUACCUAGAACAUUAAUCAU